AUGGCGGGGAAUGAGUGGAUCAAUGGAUACCUGGAGGCCAUCCUGGACAGUGGCGCCGCUGCGAUCUCCGGCGAUGAGCAUGGCCAACAGAGGGGGAUGACGUCCCCGGCGUACUUGAAAGAGAGCCCUCGAGGAGGUGGCGCCACCGCUGCAGGCGCCGGAGCCGGGAUCGACGAGCUCAACACAACGAGGUACUUCGUCGAGGAGGUGGUGACGGGAGUCGAUGAGACCGACCUCCAUCGGACGUGGAUCAAGGUGGUCGCCACCCGCAACACACGUGAGCGGAGCUCCCGCCUCGAGAACAUGUGCUGGCGUAUCUGGAACCUCACCCGCAAGAAGAAGCAGGUCCCCCCUCCAUCUUCCUCGGCCGAAUUCAUCGCCUUCUCCGUGUCUCUGCGCGCGCAUUUUCUGAAGUUUAUGCUUCUAAUAAUUGGGAGACGUAAUUUUAUAUACAUUGCACACUCAUUGUUUUUUAUUGUACUUUUGAAUAGAUGUUUGUUUCCUUUCAUUGGAAUUAAUAUAAAUUAUACGGCAGCCAGAGCUGGGACUAGGUUUUUACUGGGAAAACGCCUUGAAAAUUUUUGUGAAGUCAAGAGAAAUAGUCGCAUAAAUAGUAUGAAAUCGACUCAGAGAAAUCGUCAGGACCUUCUUAGCAAGUAAGUUGCGUCCAUUUUGGGGAAGCAUCAAUAUUAUGCAUUCAUUUCUUACUAGAGAAAUGGAGAUGUCUGGUCUUCUGGGGUGAUCUGGUUCUUCGGUCAGGAGUUCCAACCUUGGAAAUGCUGCAUUCUUGUGAUUCAAAAUAAUGCCGAAUUAUCUUGCCAUGGGAAAAUAGAGCACUCGUGAGUUUUGUUCUUCAUUCCUUCUCAUCAUGCAUUGUCGUUCAUGAUCUUUUUUGUUCCCAUGAAAAGGGAGCUGUUCUUCAGUAAAUGUUGGAAUUCCGAGUUUUAUAUAGCAGCAUAAGUAUGUCAGGGGAAAAUGAAGGUUUUAUUUCUGUGUAAUAGUGAUGUUUCUUAUUCAUCAGAUCUCUAAGAUUUCUGGACUUAAGUUUUUAUUUUUGAUGAACAUCAGAAGACAGGAGCUCGAGCUUUUUUCCACCUACAAGGAUCCUUUCGCCUUCGUUUAAUCUUAUCAUUCAUUGAACAUAUUCAGACAUAGGAGUAGUGUAUAUGUGGGAACAAAAAUUGUGUAGUCAUACUAAGCGAAUGAAUAUGAUUGGAUAAUUGAUCUCUGAGAAUCGUAUGCAUGUAUAUGAACAAUGAACAGCUUGAGGCGGAAAAUCUCCAACGAACGGCUUGUCGGAGGUUGGAGAGGGAACAGGGGCGGAAGGAUGCUACUGAGGACAUGUCAGAAGACAUGUCGGAGGGGGAGAGGGGGGACACAGUUGUAGAGAUUGUACAGGCUGAAACUCCAAGGAAAAAAUUUCGAAGGAACUUUUCCGAUCUCCAAGUCUGGUCCGACGAUAACAAGGGGAAGAAGCUCUACAUUGUGCUUAUUAGGUACAUAUUCUCUUUUCUAAAUUUACUCUCUUUCUCUCUCUUUUUGUUUGAUCAGAGCCAACAAGUGUAAGAGCCUUCUGAAGGAGAUUACAUUCUUGCGGACAAAUACUGUCUACUCACUAGGUUACAAAUCUUCUGUGGUCUCCGUAUAAAUCUGAUUUAAGCACUAAUUCCUCCUGCGCAUUCUCCAGCUUGCAUGGCCUUGUGCGGGGGGAGAACAUGGAGCUCGGCCGAGAUUCAGACACAGGGGGGCAGGUAGCACUGAUUCAGGCAUUUACUUAAAUGACGAGAAGAAAAGAACUAAGAUCUGACUUUUCCUAUUUCCCCAUGAAAAUUCAGGUCAAGUACGUGGUGGAGCUCGCCAGAGCGCUUGCAAGGAUGCCUGGCGUAUACAGGGUGGACCUCUUCACUCGUCAGAUAUCAUCCCCUGAGGUGGACUGGAGCUACGGAGAGCCCACAGAGAUGUUGACCGCAGGACCAGAGGAUGCAGAUGGGAAUGAGGCUGGGGAGAGCGCUGGAGCCUACAUAAUCCGCAUUCCAUUCGGGCCAAGGGACAAGUACCUGCCCAAGGAGCUCCUCUGGCCUUAUAUUCAGGAGUUCGUCGAUGGGGCUCUGGCCCACAUCCUCAACAUGUCCAAGGUUCUGGGGGAGCAGAUUGGUGGGGGGCAGCCAGUCUGGCCUUAUGUUAUUCAUGGGCACUAUGCGGAUGCAGGAGACAGCGCUGCCCUUCUCUCUGGCGCUCUUAAUGUUCCCAUGGUGCUUACGGGUCAUUCACUUGGGAGGAACAAAUUAGAGCAGCUUCUCAAGCAGGGGCGCCAGUCGAUGGAGGACAUCAACGCGACUUACAAGAUCAUGCGGCGGAUAGAAGCCGAAGAGCUCUCCCUGGACGCCGCCGAGCUCGUGAUCACGAGCACCAAGCAGGAGAUUGAGCAGCAAUGGGGUCUGUAUGAUGGGUUUGACGUGAAGCUCGAGAAGGUGCUGAGGGCCCGAUCCAGAAGGGGAGUCAGCUGCCAUGGUCGCUACAUGCCGAGGAUGGUGGUAAGUAUGAUCUCUCGAGCUUCAUUAUUGACUUCAUGAUUUGAAGCAGCACAUGGGCACGUAGGUAUGUGAAGAAUGAUGCACCAAAGAAAUGGCUCAAAUGUGUGCCGUCCUCCGGAAUGCAGCCUCCAUAUGUUUCGGAAGCUCCUAUACGAACAAAUGCGCAUCGUGUUUGACUUGAAGGAAUUCCCUGAGAAUUCCAUCUAUGGUUCAAACUUCAGCAAAAAUCAUGCAUGUCACUCCCAAAUUUAGUAAAUACAUCAUGUUCAGGAUCAAACUUGUGGUUGGAGACAGCAUCCUCUAACCAUUUCUCUCUUUUGUAAGGUAGAAUAAAUCAAACUUAGCGAACUGUCUGCAACUAUACCGAAACAGCGAAGAGUGUACAGUCCUGAUUGCGUUUGCAACAACUUGUGAUUCAUUUUUGUGAUAAAAUGGCAGUUUUAAAUCUUCAAACUUGCUUCUUUCCUUAGGUUAUCUGGCCUGGUAUGGAUUUCAGUAGCGUCACAGCUCAGGAAGACGCAUCCGAACCAGAUGGAGAAGCUGGAACAGCAUCCGCUGUUAGCGAAGGAAGCUCUCCCAGGGCACUUCCGCCGAUAUGGUCCGAGGCAAGUAAACCCCAUCAAGUGAAAGCCUGUUCUCUUUCCUCUAUCUGAGGGGCAUCUGAUGAACCCGUCUCUUUUUUUCCUUUUUUGUGCCCUUUUUUUCUUUUUAAGGUAAUACGCUUCCUCUCCAACCCUCACAAACCGAUGAUCCUGGCCCUGUCAAGACCCGACCCCAAGAAGAACAUCACCACCCUCUUGAAGGCCUACGGGGAAUGCCGCCCCCUGAGAGAUCUAGCAAAUCUGGUAAGAAAUUCAAAAUUUUACCCAGAAACCCAUUUAAAUCUUCGCCAUUAACUCACGAUUUUUCCUUCUUCAGACGCUGAUAAUGGGGAACAGGGACGACAUCGACGAGAUGUCCCCCGGCAACGCGACUGUCCUCACCACUGUUCUCAAGCUAAUCGAUAAGUACGACCUCUACGGGCUGGUCGCCUACCCGAAGCACCACAAGCAGUCUGACGUCCCCGAUAUUUACCGGCUUGCGGCAAAUACAAAGGUUCGUAUAAAUGAAAUGCAUAAUUUCCUCAAAGUGGAAGGCCUUUGGGUAACAGAAUCUGAAUUCUUGCUGGAAACGGAAACAUUAUUUCAGGGCGUCUUCAUAAACCCAGCUCUGGUCGAGCCAUUCGGCCUCACUUUGAUCGAGGUCCGCGCUAUUUUCUCACCGAUUGGGGUUUUUCACCGCAAAAUAAAUAAAUAAAUCUAAAGUGGCUUCCUCGAAAAUACACAGGCUGCUGCCCACGGGCUCCCAAUGGUGGCCACCAAGAACGGAGGCCCGGUGGACAUUCAUCAGGUAAAUAUCUCUGCUCUCAAGGGCCCGCCGCUGAGCCCGCCCGGGGGGGGGGCAUCUUUUCGCGCUUUCCACCGUGCCUCAUUCUUCUCCGUGUACUUCCAGGCUCUGAACAACGGGCUACUGGUGGACCCACACGACCAGGCGGGAAUCGCCGACGCGCUGCUGAACUUGCUGGUGGAGAGGGCCACGUGGCACGAGUGCCGCCGCAACGGGUGGAGGAAUGCCCACCUCUUCUCCUGGCCUGAGCACUGCCGCACUUACCUUACCAGGGUGGCCGCUUGCCGCAUGAGGCACCCGCAGUGGCAGCCGGACACCCCGCUGGACGAUGUCGCCGCCGGCGAGUCCCUCGGGGACUCCCUCAAGGACGUCAACGAGUCCUUCCUCCGCCUCUCCGCCGACGGCGACAAGACCUCCCUCAACGGCACGCCGGAGCAAGACCCACAAGAACCGGGGACGGCGCCGCCGGAGCUGGAUGACCAGGUGAAUAAGAUCCUCAGCCAGAUCCGACGACCCUCUUUUGUUGUUGAUUCGCAGCCCGUCCCCCCGCCGAAUGCGGCGGCGCUGAGCAACUAUCCGCUCCUCCGCCGGCGGCGGCGGCUCUUCGUGGUGGCGCUGGACUGUUACGACGACUGCGGGCGGCCGGAGAGGACAAUGGUGCAGACGAUCCAGGAGGUGUUCAGGGCCGUCAGGCUCGACUCCCAGCUGGCCAGAAUCUCGGGCUUCGCCCUCUCCACCGCCAUGCCCAUCUCGGAGACGCUGGAGCUGCUAAGAUCCGGGAGGAUUCUGCCCACCGAGUUCGACGCCAUCAUCUGCGGCAGCGGAAGCGAGGUCUUCUACCCCGGUACCUACCGGUGCAACGAGGAAGACGGGAAGCUCUGCCCGGAUUCCGACUACGCCUCGCACAUUGAGUACCGGUGGGAUUACGACGGCGUGAGGAGGACCUUGGCGAAGCUGAUGAGAGCCAAGGAAGGGGAGAAAAACGGUGAAGAAUCUCAGAGAAAAGUCAGCACAGAUGAAGGCGUUCACGAAGAUCUGAAAUCAUGCAGCCCCUACUGCGUCUCCUUCCUCAUCAAAAACCCUUCUAGGGUAGGUUUACCCCCAUAAAGGGUUUCUCUCCUUCUUUCUUUUCUUCUGACAAAAAUCUUAUUUUUUUAGCAUAAAUUUUUCCUUGAGUUUAUGAAAAAAAACUUGUUCUUGCCGCUGAUGGCAGGCGAGGAGAGUUGACUACUUGAGGAAGAAGCUCAGGAUGCGGGGUCUCCGCUGCCACUUGAUGUACUGCAGGAAUUCCACCCGCCUGCAAGCUAUCCCCCUUCUUGCUUCGCGGUCUCAGGCGCUCAGGUAUUCCGAUCACAGACUGCUUAAUAUUAAUGCAUCUGGAAAAUUAUGAUAUUUUUGUGAUCCAGUUUUUACCCAUUUUGACGCCUCUUUUUCGGAGAAAUCGGACGAUUUCGGGCAUAUGAUUGAGAAAUUAAUGCAAUAUAUUUGGUGGUUUUACCAACUUUGAUGUAUGUUCUUCGGAUAAAAUUGACCGUUUCGAUCUAUCUGCUUCAUGCUCUUCAAGAAAAAGAAAAAAGAAGAAAAAAAUAAAUCAUCCACCUUCGGCGGAGAUUUUAGCUUGAAUUGAUCCUGCAGGUACCUGUUCGUGAGAUGGGGCCUGAAUGUUGCCAACAUGUUCGUGAUCCUCGGCGAGAAAGGCGACACGGAUCACGAAGAAAUGAUAGCCGGAUCCCACAAGACCAUUGUCCUCCAGGGCAUCGUCGAGAGGGGCUCGGAGGAGCUGCUGAGAACGGCGGGGAGCUACCAGAAGGACGACAUCGUCCCCGGCGAGAGCCCGCUCACCAUCCACACCAGCGGCGGCCUGAAGACGGAGCACAUCUUGAGUGCUCUCAGGGAGGUAUCCAAGGCUUCCAGCGGCAGAUAG